AUGCAACCGGUUCCUCCUGCUCCUUUUGGAGCUGCUGCCGUGUCCGCUACUUUGAGCUCGGGGAUUGAAGAAGACUCAUUUCGCGUUCCGGAAUCGAUUAACGAGAAAGAAGAGAGUGAAAAAUCCAUCAGUAAGGAGUCAGAGGAGGGGAUCGGGCACAAAGAUGCAGAGAGAAUCGCUUCCCUGGCAAGAAGCCUGUCGCAUCUGUCCGAAAAAAGCACCAUUGGCGAGGGCAUAGAUACUUUCUCCCACGAGCCCAGCGAUCCUCAACUGAACCCCAGUUCAGAUCAGUUCAACGCACGCAAGUGGACUAAGAACUUUAUUCGCAUCGCCUCUCGAGACCCAGACAGAUACCCUCGCCGGACAGCAGGCGUCUCCUUUCGCGACCUAAACGUCUUCGGCUACGGUACUGCAGCAGACUACCAGGCAAAUGUGGCUAAUGUUUGGCUCAAAGCCUUCGAUUGGAUGAAAGGCGUGCUAGGUCAAGGGAAAAGGGUCAGGAUCGAUAUUCUCCGCGGCCUUGAGGGCCUUGUGCGCAGUGGUGAGAUGCUCGUCGUACUUGGCCGCCCCGGAAGUGGUUGCUCGACGUUCCUCAAAACCAUCGCUGGUGAAACACAUGGGUUAUGGCUCGAUGGAGGAGCAGACAUCCAGUAUCAAGGCAUCUCCUGGGACGAAAUGCACGGUCGGUUCCGAGGAGAGGUGAUUUACCAGGCCGAGACUGAAAUCCAUUUCCCACAGCUCACGGUGGGCGACACUUUGCAUUUUGCUGCUCAUGCUCGUGCUCCAUCCAAUCGCUUCCCGGGCGUCACCCGCGAGCAAUAUGCUACCCAUAUGCGAGACGUAGUCAUGGCAAUGCUGGGGCUGAGCCACACGGUGAACACGCAGGUUGGCAACGAAUAUAUUCGUGGCGUUUCGGGAGGGGAAAGAAAACGAGUCAGCAUAGCGGAGACCAUGCUGUGUGGCAGCCCCUUACAAUGCUGGGAUAAUAGCACGCGAGGCUUGGACUCUUCUACAGCUCUUGAAUUUGUCCGACGCUUGCGGGUCUCUACCGAGUAUACCGGAUCUACAGCCAUCGUGGCCAUUUAUCAAGCUAGUCAAGCGAUUUAUGAUGUGUUUGACAAAGUGACUGUACUCUACGAAGGCCGCCAAAUAUACUUCGGUCAUGCAGAUGACGCCAAACGGUUCUUCGUGGACAUGGGAUUUGACUGUCCUGAUAGACAAACCACGGCAGACUUUCUGACCUCGUUAACUAGCCCCACUGAGCGGAAAGCUCGCGAGGGUUUUGAGCAUCUGGUUCCCCGAACACCUGACGAGUUUGCCUCCCGAUGGAAAGCGAGUGCGGAGAGAAAGCAACUUCUUGCGGACAUAGAAGCGUUUCAAGAUGAGUUUCCUCUCGGAGGAGACAAAUAUGAAGAGUUCUCACGGUCACGCGCGGCUGAAAAGGCCAAGGGAACGAGAGCCAAAUCGCCUUACACCUUAUCUUACCCCAUGCAGAUCCGCCUCUGUCUAAGGCGAGGCAUGCACCGCCUCAGGGGCGAUAUGACCAUGACUCUGACCUCGGUCAUUGGAAACAGCAUCAUGGCCUUAGUAGUUGCCAGUGUAUUCUACAACCUAGACACUACUACUAAUAGCUUUUUCCAGCGGGGCGCCCUUCUCUUCUUUGCUAUCCUUCUCAACGCUUUUGCAAGUGCCCUGGAAAUAUUGACUCUUUGGCAACAGCGACCGAUUGUUGAGAAGCAUGACAAAUAUGCGCUCUACCAUCCGUCUGCGGAAGCUAUCAGCUCCAUGAUUGUGGACUUGCCAGCAAAACUCAUCGUGUCGGUGGUUUUCAACAUUAUCCUCUAUUUCAUGUCCAACCUGCGCCGUACGGCGGGUCAUUUCUUCAUAUUUUACCUCUUUUCAAUAACUAUAACGCUCACCAUGUCCAACAUCUUCCGCUUCACGGGUGCGGUCUCGCGGUCUAUGGCUCAGGCAAUGGUUCCGUCGUCUAUCUUCAUGAUGAUUCUUGUCAUCUAUACAGGUUUCACAAUUCCAGUGCGAGACAUGCAUCCUUGGUUCCGGUGGUUAAACUACCUAAAUCCAAUUGGUUACGCUUUCGAAAGCCUCAUGAUCAACGAAUUCAGUGACCGCCAGUUUCCUUGUGCUGUUUACAUUCCUAGUUAUAGCAACGCACCGCUGAGCUCCAAGGUCUGCAGUGUCAAUGGUGCAGUCGCGGGUCAAGACUCUGUAGACGGGGACAGGUACAUCAAUGUCACGUACCAGUACUAUCGCUCGCACCUGUGGCGCAACUACGGCAUCCUUUGGGGCUUCCUUCUGUUCUCUCUAGCCUGCUAUGUGGUCAGCAGCGAGUUGGUACGCGCUAAGCCUUCUAAGGGUGAGAUUCUUGUCUUUCCAAGAGGCAAAAUGCCUGCAUUCCUCAAGACGAAACAACCGCGCACCAUCGAUGACCUGGAGAGCCGCACCCCAAUGGCUGAGGAGAACCGGGUGGCCGGAGAACACAACGACCCCGACCAACAUACGGCAGCUAUUGUCAAGCAAACCUCUAUCUUCCAGUGGCAAGAUGUCUGUUAUAACAUCAAGAUCAAGGGUCAGAAUCGCACCAUUCUCGACCACGUUGACGGAUGGGUCCGGCCCGGAACACUGACGGCCCUCAUGGGCGUGACAGGCGCCGGUAAGACCUCUUUGUUGGACGUACUAGCUAACCGCGUGACUAUGGGUAUCGUCACGGGCGAAAUGCUGGUCGAUGGACGCAUGCGCAAUAACUCCUUUUCUCGCAAAACAGGCUACGUCCAACAGCAGGACUUGCAUCUGGAGACGAGUACGGUGCGUGAAGCCCUGAUAUUCAGCGCCAUGCUGCGCCAGCCAGCCAGUACUCCCCGCGCGGAGAAGAUCGCCUAUGUGGAAGAGGUGAUCAAAAUGCUGAACAUGGAAACAUACGCUGAGGCCGUCGUUGGAGUCUUAGGCGAAGGCCUGAACGUUGAGCAGCGCAAACGACUUACAAUUGGGGUGGAAAUCGCUGCUAAACCUGAUCUACUUCUCUUCUUCGACGAGCCUACUUCUGGCCUAGAUAGUCAGACGGCAUGGUCUAUUUGUUCUUUGAUGCGCAAGCUAGCGGACCAUGGUCAAGCGAUUUUGUGCACCAUCCACCAGCCGUCGGCCAUUCUCAUGCAAGAAUUCGACCGGCUCCUCUUCCUGGCCAAAGGGGGACGGACUGUCUAUUUUGGCGAGUUGGGCCCAAACAUGGAGACCCUCAUCAAGUAUUUUGAAGACAAAGGCUCCCCGAAAUGUCCUCUUGAUGCCAACCCAGCGGAGUGGAUGCUCGAGGUGAUCGGGGCCGCUCCGGGGUCCCAUGCCGACAAGGACUGGGCCGAUCUCUGGAACCACAGCCAGGAGCGCACGCAGGUGCGUCACGAACUCGCACAGAUGAAGCAGGAGCUUCUGCAACGACCACCCCCUCCGCAAGUAACUGGGUAUGGGGAGUUCGCGAUGCCGAUCUGGACGCAGUUCGUCCUGUGCCUGAAGCGCAUGUUCCAACAGUACUGGCGCAGCCCUUCGUACAUCUACUCCAAGGCCGCAAUGUGCAUUAUUCCUCCUCUUUUCAUUGGUUUCACUUUCUGGCGUGAACCGACUAGUUUCCAGGGCAUGCAGAACGAAAUGUUUGCCAUCUUCAUGCUACUGGUUAUCUUCCCCAAUCUCGUGCAGCAGAUGAUGCCCUACUUCGUGAGCCAGCGGUCUUUGUACGAGGUCCGCGAGCGCCCGUCCAAGGCCUAUUCGUGGAAAGCUUUCAUGAUGGCCAGCAUCCUUGUUGAGCUUCCCUGGAAUAUCCUCAUGGCGGUGCCGGCCUACUUCUCGUGGUACUAUCCGAUUGGAUUCUACCGCCACCUUCCAGCCGGCACGGUGACCGACCGCGGCGGAACCAUGUUCUUGCUGGUCCUGGUGUUUCUGAUGUUCACCUCGACCUUCAGUUCCAUGGUUAUCGCGGGGAUUGAGCAGCCCGAGACCGGUAGUAAUGUCGCCCAGCUGCUGUUUUCCUUCUGUUUGAUCUUUAACGGUGUGCUCGCCUCUCCCACGGCUCUUCCUCGGUUCUGGAUCUUCAUGUAUCGCGUCUCCCCGUUUACAUACCUCGUUUCGGGAAUUCUGAGUGUGGGCCUGGCCGGCGCCAAGGUAGAAUGCUCAGAUAUCGAACUCCUCCGUAUCCCGCCGCCCGCCAACGAGAGCUGCAGCGAUUACUUGUCCAGCUUCGUUGAAGCGGCGCAGGCCAAUCUUCUCAACCCCAGGGACAAGAGCGACUGCCAGGUGUGCAUGUAUUCGACGACCGACCAGUUUUUGGCCUCGCUCAGCAUAUCGUUUGGUGAUCGGUGGCGCAACAUCGGGAUUCUGUUCGUAUACGUGGCGUUCAAUGCAGUGGCCGCGAUGUUUCUGUACUGGUUGGUGCGGGUGCCGAAGCGAUGGGGGAAGAAGGUCAAGCAGGAGUGA